CUUGUGAACUUGCGGCGCCCGCAGGAAACGCAUCUUCCGCCCAUCUUAGCCCAUCCCUCCCACGGCCAACUCGCAGAUCCGUUCGACACAACAUGGAAACCAUACGCUUUCUCCCGGGUUUCGUUUACGGCCAGCUUUUCACCUCACUGCCUAAGCCGGAGGAGAGUGCUGAAGGCAAGACGGUCAUUGUGACUGGUUCCAAUGUCGGGUUGGGUCUCGAAUGCGCUCGUUAUUUCUCGAAAUUGGGGGCUGCAAAAGUCAUUCUGGCAGUUCGGACAAUAGCAAAAGGAAAUGCUGCAAAGGAGGACAUCGAGCGGUCUAGCGGAAAGAAGAACGUGGAAGUAUGGGAACUUGACUUGAUGUCCUACGCCUCUGUCAAAGCGUUUGCCCGUCGAGUGGAAAAACUGCCGCGGCUCGAUGCCAUCAUCGAAAACGCUGGGAUAUCUACUUUCGAUUUCAAAAUUGCGGAGCAAGACGAGUCAACCAUCACUACCAAUGUUGUCAGCACCUUCUUAUUGGCUCUUCUCGUGCUCCCCAAACUGAGGGAGUCCGCUGAAAAGUUUGGGAUUCUUCCACAUCUGGUUAUCGUAUCGUCGGAGGUCCACUUCAUGACCAGCUUCCCGGAAAAGGCGGCCGACAACAUUUUUGAGAAACUGAAUGAUGAGAAGACCGCUAGAAUGUGGGACAGGUACAACGUAUCGAAGCUCAUAGAAGUCUUCAUUGUGCGUGAGCUGGUGAACGUCAUCGCCAAUAAACCCGCCGACUACAAGCCAAACGUGGUCAUCAACUUCCUCAAUCCUGGACUUUGCCACUCAGAGCUGGUAAAAGUUGGUGGCAUCACUGGUAUGGGCGUAACCUUGCUCAAAGCCGCGCUGGCGCGAUCGACGGAAUACGGGUCCCGGACCCUUGUUCAUGCCGCCCACGCCGGCCUGGAAAGCCAUGGGCAGUACUUGAGCAAUUGCCGCAUCACACCCGUGGCUCCGAUGGUUACGAGGCCUGAAGGCGUGGCCGCUCAGAAGAAGUUGUGGGCGGAGCUGAGCCAGAAAUUGGAAUCUAUCCAACCCGGGAUCUUGAAUAACAUCUGAUCUAUCCUCAAUGGCAGCAAACGUUGGUUGUCUUUUGCACAUAGUUACUUGUAUUACCUUCACUGUGUGUAUGUAGCUACCUAGGCGUACGUCACCUUGGAUUCUGCAUAUUGUUCUAAUCGGAGAGCUCCAAAUUGAAAUCGGAUCUGUUGCUGGUC